CAGUACUAGGCAACCUUUUCGGCUAUCGAUUGCUCAGCCUGAAAGAACAGGAAGUGGACACGCCAUAACUAGCACGGCUAUCCGGAAGAAAUAGCCACCCGAAAGCAAACAGUGCUAACAGUUCGAUGCUGUAGUGAUUAGUAAAUGCUUUUAAUCGCACAUAUCGGUGCUAAUGUAGUAGGAUAGACUGCUGUCAUGUUGCCGACGAAUUUGGAGGAUAUUUCCUUCCUCCAGGAGGAUGAAUUCGGCGGGACUUGCUAGUGUCGCCUUAGCUUCCUGCUGCUCAUUCUCCUCAAGUUAGCUGUUUGUGGACACGUCGCUCGGGAAUGAUAAUGCACAUUACGGCGGCAUCACAGGACCCCUCCCAUGGCACAGGGGAAAAGGGGGAGCUGGUCCACACAAUAUCCAAGGAGACUCUUGGGUCCCCAGAUGCUUCCGAACUGGGAAGCCCAAGAUCUACACAAAACUUUGACCUCCUUAACAUGGUCGUGUCCUAUAAGAGAAUAGCGCUUUUUUUAGAACCAGUGAUGGAUGCGAUGGAGUUGGUUCGCUUUGUGCUCGGGUGGAAGAUGCCCCUCUGCUCGCUGCUUGUCUGUAUAUUUCUCAAUGUCUUCUUCUGCACUAUCAACGAAGUGGGCUGGUUGUCAUUGUGUUUGGUGGCAGUCACGGCGCCUGCUGCCCUGGGCUACCUGCAGGACAGGUGCUGGGGCAGGGCCUCAGAAGCUGAGCUGCGGGGGAAGCGCUAUCACACUGUGCACCGCCGAGACUUGCAGAUGGUGCACCUCAGUAAACCGGAGGCCAUGCUGGAAGUCAAAGACCUGUUGAAGCACCUGGAUGACAUGCUUUCUACGGCCUGUCAAUCAGCAGACAAACUGUUCAAGGUCCUGUAUUGGGACAAUCACACCACAUCAAUUAGAUUCUAUGGAGGAACAUUUACGGUGGUGUGUCUUCUCUACCUUGCUCCUGUGGGCUGGGUGCUUGCUGGGUUGAACAGCACCAUCUUCCUGUGGAAUAGAGACUUCCACAGAGUUUUGUUGGACCUGAAGAAGAUGUUCCAUUUAGGCCAGGCCCCCACCUCAAAAGCAGUGUGUGAAGAACAGGGGCACAGCAACAUAGUGGACAGAACACCUACACCAACCAGUGUGGAGGACAUGUCACCUGGCAGUGUAGAGGAGGCUGAAGAGGCUGAGCCUGAUGAUGAAUUUAAAGAUGCAAUUGAGGAAAGUUCAAUUCCCUUGCAGGAACCCCCUUUGGUGUUAGUGGAGGACGACGAUGGUCCUCUUGGAGCUCCGGAAUUUGACACAGUCUCUGAAAAUGGUCUCCUAAGUCGCAACGAACCGAUUCGCAGCAAAGUGUCCAAGCUGACGGAAAAACUGCGCAAGCGCUACCCCACCACUAGUGCAGGCAACUGUUCAGGAUGCAAUGCUGUCUUCUCAGUGUUGAAGAAAAGGAAGAACUGCAGUAACUGCGGCAAUAGCUUUUGUUCGCGAUGCUGUUCUUUCAAGGUGCUGAGAUCUUCCAUGGGGGCCACAGCUCCAGAGGCCCAGCGAGAGACUGUGUUCGUUUGUGCCGCCUGCAAUUCUUCUCUCAUCAAGUUACAAUGACAAGACAUGUGGGCUGCUAGCCCAGCAAGGUGUUAAUCACGGUUUGCUCCUAAGCUCCUCACUAAGUUUCUAAACCCUCAACCUUACAUGCGCAGAUCCUUGUAAUUCUGACCCGACUUUCCUUUUCAAGUUCCGACCGCCCUCAUGUCAGACGAUGCUGACUUUAAACAAUCUUAGUUUGUCCCAUUGCUGAGCAGAUGGACACGUUGGCAUACACAGAACAGACAGGCAGGAUUACACUUGUACUAUCAGGUGUCGCUUACUAGAUCAAAGAUUUGAAAUGUUCUGGCUGGCCAACAGCAAGAUCCAGUUUGAAUGUCUUCAAAGUGCAGCAGUGAACUAAAAUAUUGGUUUACAAAAAAAAACCACAAUCUGUGAGUUACAUGCUUGAUCAUUUAAUUUAUUUUGACCAGAAUGCUUUGCUUCAUGCUGUUUUUGGCCUUUUAAAAGUUACCUGUGGCCUCAGCGUCACAUUUUUACUGGAUCAGAAGUAAGUGAACUGGAGUCAUUUGAUAGGACAUCCUUGCCUCACACUUACAAGCUGGACUUACAAAAUUGACGUGGAGGCGUUCUCACUGAAGACAGGCCCUGGGUGCAAUGUUGUUUUUACCUUUAUGCAGACACUGAUGAUUGUAAUGUUUGCUUUGCUUUUAUUGGAAUUAUAAUUACACUGUUACUGUAAUCCCUUUUUCUAGAGCUAAUAUAUUUAAUUUAAAUUUCCAGAAAAUGCAAGUUAUUUGACUUACGUUUUUUUUCUGUGUAUAUAUUGCUUCGUCUUUUACAAGUGAAAUAUUCCGUUAUUAAAAUAAAACUCUGAAGUCGCA